GAUUAUCGAGCGCGCGCGUGACGCAGUAGCGUCGAACGGUCAGAAGAAUUUUUACAGGCAAGAUGGCGACUUCGGAGCCGCGAGGAACUGAAAUUGAAGAAGUCUGUGCUGAUAGUCCUACACCUGCUGUGGCAAACCCUGAACAGUAUAUCAAGCAUCCUUUGCAAAACAGAUGGGCCCUGUGGUAUUUCAAAAAUGACAAGAGCAAAAGUUGGACAGAAAAUCUGCGUCUCAUCUCCAAGUUUGACACAGUUGAAGAUUUCUGGGCAUUAUACAAUCACAUACAACAGCCCAGUAAGCUUGGAUUUGGCUGUGACUACUGCUUGUUUAAGGAUGGCAUUAAACCCAUGUGGGAGGACGAUAGGAAUAAACUUGGUGGACGGUGGUUAAUGACCCUCGGCAAACAGCAACGACACAAUGAUCUUGACCGCUACUGGAUGGAGACGCUGUUGUGUUUAAUCGGAGAAUCCUUUGAUGAAGCCAGUGAAGAUGUGUGUGGAGCUGUGGUCAACGUCAGACCCAAGGGAGAUAAAAUAUCAAUCUGGACGGGCAACUGCCAAAACAGGGACGCUAUCAUGACGAUAGGGCAACAAUACAAAGAGCGUUUGAGUAUCCCAGGCAAAACCAUCAUUGGAUAUCAGUCACACGACGACACCUCUAGCAAAAGCGGCUCUACGACGAAAAACAUGUAUUCAGUUUGAAGAAAACUAAUUUCAACUCAUUGUAGGUUUAUAAAAUUCCAAAUUCGCAUCACAUUAAUACUUUUGAGUUGUCCACUACUGUAGUGUCCUUCCUUUUUAAGAAAAGAAAAAAGUAAAAUAUGUAAAAAUGUAGUGCUCUCCAGACGAAUACGAUCGGCACUUGUACGGUGUAGAUCAGAAGACGUCUGAUUGUUUUGACCCGAGCACCGCAUCAGCAAAAUCUCUACAAGUUGACCUAGAUGUUACUGAUAUAAUUUUAGUAUCGGAGAGUUUAAAGGACUAAUCAAAACUUGCCUAGCUGAAGAGGUCGCAAGGCUUAGAUGAAAGAAAUACCAUUCUUUGCUUUAUCGGUUCUUUCGCUCAUGUGUCACGCUUUGAAAAGUGUUUCUCACCAUCAGACUAACAAAAAAUAUCGACAACUACAUCCACAUGGAAAUUUUAAGGGCCCAAACUGUUUUAACAUGCUUUGGUUGGAGGUGUUUGGCAUGAGAAGUAAAUGCAGAGGCACCUGCAGACUGACUAUCUUAAAGGUUUGUAAAAGGAUUACUUUCGGUCGCGCUCCAAGUUGGAAAUUUGGAGGGGUGGUCAUUUAUUGUUUCAGCUAUGCUGAAAUUGUUGAGUCUUGCUUGUAGACCUAUCUUGAACAGCUGUGUUUUUCCCUCCCCCUUCACCUAUUUAUGAUAUUUGCAUUGCAGUUGAACUACUUGGUAAAAAUCAAGCUUCAGUUUUUUUCUUGUUUUCUUUCAUUUUUUUCUUAGGAACGUGUACCGCUGCUUUAUUUUUUACAGUGUAUUCAAUGAAUGCCUGAACACACACGAUUUUUAGGUUUGCUACCACCUUUCCAUCUCAUAUGAAUACUGUAGACAUGUUGUAGUUUGCUGCAGUCUUUGGAUCAAUGAAAGAAGAGAUGAUAUUCAUUGUGAAUUUAUUUUGCUCAUCUUAAUUAUCUGUAAUUCCAGGAUGUAUAUUACCUUCUUUCAAAGUAAAGGUUAUGUGCUUUGCAUUAACA